GAAACGUGUACUAAUUGGAAGAAAAUAAUGUUUUCAUUUUUUUGAGGUUAUAUAUAACCAUCUUAAUAUCUAUUUACUUAUAAAGAAAUAACGUUUAAAUUUAAUGAAAUUAUGUUAAACACAGUCAUAAAUUUAGUUAUUGUAGCUUUGUUAUGGGGUGCUACAAAUCCUUUGAUAAAAAAGGGGACUGGACAAAUUACAACUAUUCAUCAUGAGAAUAAGUUGAAGCAAUUUUUGGCUGAAGUGUUUUUCAUCUUCACCAACGUGGGAUAUUUAAUACCCAUGGCUUUGAACCAAUUGGGAUCGGUGUUGUAUUUCUUCGCACUGCAAAAUAUUGACAUCUCAUUGGCCGUUCCGGUGACGAACUCGUUGACGUUCGUAUUCACCGCUCUGACUGGUUGGUUUUUGGAAGAGGGCGUGCCCACAAGAAAAACUAUAGUUGGGAUGUGUUCGGUGAUUGCUGGAACGUCGUUGAUGUGCUACGACAAAUACUUGCAGGCCAAAUGAUUAACUUCAUCGUCUAAUUUAUUUAAACUAAAACAUUUAUAAAUACACACAUUACUAGAAUGUAAAGGGCUAAACGCUAGUACAAUAAUAAUAACAUAUUUUGUGUUGUGUUUUUGUAUAGUUUAUGUUUGUUUCAUUUGUCGUGUGUGAGUGUCGUACAUAUAAAGCUAUUUACAUUUACAAUUCUUACAAUCUCCUCGUCCUGUUUAUAUAUACAGUCUUUCCAAAGAAAAAAAAAA